AUGUGGCACGAGGCGCGCCGGUCGGAGAAGCGCGUGCACGAGAUGAUGGACGCGGCGAAGAAGCGCGCCGAGCGCCGCGCGUAUCAGCGUGCUCGGCGCGCGGGGGAUCCGACGCAGCUGCUGCGCGUGGCGGGCUCCAAGCUUCGCCUGCUUCACCACUCCGCCAUCUACCAGUCCGCGCACCUCUCCGGCCUGUCUGCGGAGCCUCCGUUCCGCCUCAACCCCACUUCUCCCUCGCCUUCUCUCCGCCCCCGCACGGUUCCCUCCUCCCCCCUCCUUCUCUUCCCAAUUUCCCCUCGUUCCACUCUCCUCCCCUCCCCCCUCCUGUUCCCGCAGGACCUAUCGACGAGGAUGUGGUGUGCAUGCAGGCUGACUGGCCGCUGA